UUCUUUAGGGGUAGAGAGAGGUAAGGUCGCUGCAAUUUAUACGCGCGCGAAGAUAAUGCCAAAACAAAAGCAAAUAAUAUGCUGACAAUUUAAAAAUGACGGACCUCCAAUAUGGUGAACACAGGAAAUAAGAAAUUUAAAAAUUAAAUGAAAGAUUGUCUGGAAUCUCCGAUUUGUCGAGUCUCCAUUUGUGAAUCGCAAAUUAAAAAUGCAUGAGUUAACGCGGCAGUGACGUUUAAUGUAUAUCCGCCUUGACUCGUUCUGAUGAAAUUCCCCGAUAAGGAGAGGACGAAUCGGAGAUCCAGGAUUAACCUGUAUGUGCUGUGGAUCGACGAAGGAUGAAGAAAUGUUGUAAACAUCAGGACGUGCGCGCGCGCGCGCGCUCAGAGUUUCGGCCAACAAGGAUUUAUAAAUAACCAUCAUGCGCGCUAUCAGAGGCCUCUGUGACUGUUAGGCAUUGUUAGAUAAAGAACAGAAGAUAAGUGCGAGUAUAUUGGUAUCCGAUUUAUAAUGAUGGGCCGAAAUUUAUCCAUGUUUCUUCCAUGGAGGAAACUCACCGGCUUACCUGGCUCGGCUAAGAGCCUACACUCCUCCUGCCGUCAAUGUUUACGUAGCAAUCUGCUGCUGACUGUACCAGUGAAACUUGCCUACACGUCGUACGAAUCGGUAAAGGAACAUGAGCAAGAUGCGAAGGAACCUAUUAUAAUAAUGCAUGGUCUCUUUGGCUCGAAAAACAAUUGGAACUCGCUGUCAAAGACGAUCCAUCAAAAGACCAAGCGCAAGGUCAUAGCAGUGGACGCCAGAAAUCAUGGUGAUUCUCCACAUUCAUCGAACAUGUCGUACAAGGACAUGGCAGGGGAUGUGAUUCAGCUUUUGAACGACCUAGGCUUUGAGAGAUCCAUCUUAGUUGGCCACAGCAUGGGUGGCUCCGCAGUCAUGUAUACCGCUUUGAAUUUUCCACAAUACGUCGAGAAGUUGGCGGUCGUCGAUAUGUCUCCCGUGAGAGCUAGCCCGAAUCUCAUGCAGAUGGAGAGGAUCUUUGAAGCCAUGCGUUUGGUGAUGGUGGAUGGAAGUCUUACUCUGUCAAAGGCACGCAAAAUAGUAGAUCAACAAUUAUCCAAAUCCAUUAAAUCUAACUCAAUGCGUCAGUUCAUACUGACAAACUUGGUGGAAGCAGACUCGGGAAAGUACAAAUGGCGAGUUAAUUUACCAGUGCUGGAACAGGCGUUCUCCACUCAAAUAGCUGUAUUCCCUAAAGUAGGCUCAAAGAUCUAUGAUGGCCCUACGUUGUUCAUAGGCGGUGGUAAUAGCGAUUACAUUCAAGUGAAAGAUCACAACGCGAUCAAGAAGCUAUUUACUACGGCAGAAUUUCGAUACAUCGAUGGGGCGAGCCAUUGGGUCCACGCGGACAAGCCCAGUGAAUUCGUCGAUCUUCUAACAACUUUUAUAAAUUAUCCGGCCUUGUGAUACUCGUAAAUAUGUAAAGAAAAAGUCAAAUAUCCUUUGUAAAUAUAUAUGUGUAUUUUUGGAUGAACUCCACAAUAUUACAGAACAAUUGUGAAAAGUA